AAAGUUUGACCCUCGUGCUCCAAAAAGGUUCACAUAACUUGAAACGGAGGGAGUAGAUGUUUUUGUUUACCCCGAUUUUAGAUAAUCAAUUAAAAUUGUAGGUGAGGUAUAAGAUAUGUGGUUAUAUCUUGAACUUAUUUGAUAGAGAAAAAAAAUAUACGAGUAUGUUACAAGGAGCAAUCGAUUAUCAAUGAUUUGCUAUAGACGCGCGUUUCUACCAGCACAUAGGCAUUAUUUGAUUUACGAAAUGUACGGAAUAAACACAACAAAUAUAGAACAAAUUUGAUGUAUGAGAGAGAGAUUUUGUAUAUAUUUUGCUAUUACAAGAAUUCUUGAUAAGAAGGAGCCAACCCCCUAAGAGGAGGGCAAUACCCCUUAUUUAUAGUAGUGCCCCAUGGGCUUCACACAACAUGAAUAAUAAAAUAACAAUAAAAAGCUCUGAGUUGGGUUAGGUUGGAUUAGGUGGACCGUACGAUCUGACACUCGUACGAUUGACAGUUGAACAUAGCAGGACGCCAUCGACGCGUGGCAAUUGCGCAUCGGAUCUCCCGGCCCACCGGUCACGAUCAAACGGACAUACGGCCUCGAACAACGUCAUGAAAGAACCAGACCAAAUAAUGCCCUUCUUUCGCUUCGGUCUAAGCGUUCCCUCGGUUCGGAACGAGAGUCUUCAUGCACGCUCUUGUCCCUUUCUUCCUUCGGCCUUUGGUCUCACCAGUUUGACAUAUACCCGGUUUUUACCGUAUACAGAUAGUCCCCACACUUCCUGGAUCGUAGAUUUGUCGGAGUGACGGGGAGUGGAUGAACCACGAAACCGUUGACUCCCUUUGCCCGUUGUUAUCUUUUCAUUUUGGCGGGAACAGUUGCGCCACGUGUCUUAUCCCGGAUGGCCCGCUCUGACAACCGCCGCACGCACGUCGAUUCAAUCAUUCCUCAUUAAUUAUGGGGCACGUGGCGCCCCCCGGUUGGCUGGGGAAUAGUAACCGUCACAGCCUCAUGCCUAUAUAAGGCCUUUUACCCCUCAUUUGAACGUUUUACUUCUUCACUAAACACUCUGCCUCAAGUUUCUUUUCUUGCCUCUUUACACAUUCCAUAGCUUCACUCGUAAUCAUCUGAAAAAACUCGCAUUUCUUGGUGAUCUGCUGCUUGCACUACGUGAAAGGAGUCGACACUGCCAGUUUCUCCAUUCGUCAUUUUCGUUUGAGUGGCGCUGCUUCUUAUUCUGCCAUUUCUUGAACCUGUUCCCUUACUCUUUUUUAACUCCCUUUCUGAAUCCACUCAACUUCUUCUUUCCAUAUUUUCAAAAUGUCUGAGACCACUUCCCAUGAUAUUCCCUCGGUUUCAUCCCAAGGAACCGAGCCUGCAUCCCCGGCUAAAACAAAGAGUACCUUCGAGCCUACUGCCUCGGACAUUAUACCGGCCAAACCCAAUUUCAACAAAGACCUUGAAGUUGAAAAACCUUCUUCAGUAUCCGAUAGGGGGUAUGAUGUUAGGCGAUACCCCUCAUCCAUUACUCAGGAGAGACUCGACAUAGUCCGGGCUGACUGUGGGUUCAAGUUUUUUCCCCCGGGCCGAGCGAAUCAGUCACUGACUACCGGGAAGGUUUUUUGUACCUGUAUACCUAUCCCUUCACUCUCAAGCUCGACCCUCCGAUAGAUCCGUUCAUCCUAGACAUGUGCCGGACUUAAAACGUGACCUUGGCACAGAUUGGUCCGAUCGUUUGGAGGGUCGUAGCGUGCCUCCGGCUGUUGGCCAACAAUGCCGGGAAGGAGCUCACGCUGGCCCACCUGAUACGCUUAUACUCCCUGAGGCUGUUCCGGGGUGGCGUAAUAAAACUCGCCAAGCUUAACCGGAAUUCAUUUUUCUAAAAAAUGGACGAAGACAGAGACAGGGGCUGGCUGGAGCGAUAUGUCUGGGUGAGGACCGAGGACAUCAUUCCGGCCAAUUACAUGCCCUUCCCGGAGAAAUGGAACAACAAGCGUAAGUCUGAAUCCUUAAGUAAUUGCUUUUAUGUGCUUCGUCAAAUUUUGAUUCCACUUUCUCACCGUUUUUCUUAUUCAUAUCAGCCAAUGGAUAUAUUCCUCCGGUAGUCCGGAACCUGAGCGAAUGGGUCACUGCACUCCUUAGCCAACAUAUCCACGACGACCGGACGUGGGGCCACCUGUCACGCGGUCGAUAGGUCGCCCAGAACCAUGGUUUGCCCAAGGGCUCGGUGGAUCCCAGAUCGGAUACGGCAGCCGAUCCUAUAGCUUCGGCACCUGAGUUUGAUUCAGCAGGUGCAUCUCGCAUCGUUGCUGCUGCAAAAAGAAAAAGGCCUUCGGACAAAGGGCAGAAAAUGAAGAAAAGGGCGAGGAGCGUCGUUAGGACCCUCCGGGACGAAGCAGAGCCCGAGCUUCUCGUCCGGACUAUUGGUGCGGCCCCUGCCGUGGCUCCUGUUCCGGAGGAGGAUGUCACCGCUUCACCACCUCCUUCGGCCGGUGAAGGGCCUUUAGUCCCGGCGCUACCCACAGGUGCGGAAGAAGUUCUUCACCCGAAGAGACCCCCCUGCAAUGGGCAAGUAGAUCUGGGGGGAUGGCUGCUGCCGAAGCUGCUCAAAGAACAGAGUUGGCCCCCGAGAGCGAAGCUCCACCAGUCAUUGGCCCGUUGCCGGAUUAUGAGGCUGCUGCCACUACGGAGCCCCCUUUCAUUGUUAAAGCUGCUGAGGUUGCUCCAAGUUCUUCAACCCCCACUCCGAGGCCUGACGAAUUUGAGGAUAUGUUCUCGGGCACUCCUCUCGCUACCGGCGAAGCUGCAGGAUUCGGGCAUCUCCCGAUCCCUCGGGCCACGAGGUCGGCCAGCCGGACCUCCGAAUCUGGGGCCAGGGACAGCUUGGUGCGUAUCUUUCCGGCCCCAAUCGUGGAGUCGAGGAGAACAAAAUCGGUCAUGGUCACUGUCCCUGAGGACUGCAGCUUUCUUUCUCGCCCGGUGGGUGUGGCGAGCUAUCUGAGGCCUCUUGUCUCGGAUUCGGACAAGCGGAAGAUGACGGGGGUCUCUUGGCAGUGCCUCAUUAUCGAGGGUAUGCAUGCGGUCAGCCGGAGUGUGGUGCUCGUCAAUGAAGCCUUCAUCCGUGCCCAGCAAGAGAUGGACGAUCUUAAGGGCCAACUGGAUGCCCAGGGUCGGGAAACGGAGAAAUAUCUGCACCUUCUUCAGGAGAAAGAGGAGGAGUUGAACCGAGCAGUCGCUCUUUCCAAUCUCCGACCCGAGCUUGACGCAGCGAAGGCCGAAAACCGUUAGUUAAGGAGUGAGCUGGCUGCGAUGGCCGAAUACAAUCGGAGUCUCGAAGCUGACAAGAUCGGCCUUAACCGAGCGGACAGUGUCCGAGCACUCCGGCUCCAGCCAUUCCGGAUAGAUUUGGGCCUGUACUUAGCCUUUUGUUAUUUUUUGCCUUUGUAGGAGUUUUCAAUGUAAAAAUCCUUUACUAUAAAUGGAACAUGUAUUUUCCUUGACUCUUCACUUUGCUUGAAUGUUUUGUUAUGGUUUCCGCCCGAAUUGUUGGUUUCGUUUUUAAGGAGUCAUUAUUUCAGACUGUGCCUAUAUAUCGGCAUUUUGCCUCAUCCGAUACAUUAUGUCCGAGAAUUCUAUUCAGUUUUUGCCCGUGGGACUUAUCUUAUGCUUUGUGAAUAAGGUUGUCUCCGAAUCACAACGGGCAUUUUUAGGGCCGGAAUUUUUCGGCUAUUUUUA